UCUGCCCCCGUGCGCGCGCGCAACCAACAUUCCUCGGAUUUGAUGCAGUGAUGUGUUUGUGAAGUGUGAUUUUUGUGUGAUUUCCAGUGUCAGUGUGUUUGGAAAAGGUACCAUCCAAUCUCCCGUGGACCAAAACUGACAGGUCACGAUGCGGCGGUUUCUUCUUCUGUUUCUGCCGUUCGUGGUGAGCCAGCAGUCGUGGGUGCCGUGUUCAGAGCUUAACGAUGACCUGCGCUACCCCUGCCGCUGCAAGGUCCAGGUGGACAGAGCUCUGCAGCUGAGGAUACUCAUGAACUGUGACCGGGUGGUGUUCGCUGGCGACUUCCCCCCGCUGCCUUAUGGAGCACCCAUAGUGGCAUUCAGCCAGCGCUACGCCGGCCACCAAUCGCUGCCCACGCAGAUAUUUUCCUCGUAUGGGUUGCCGAUGAAAGAGCUGGACUUCUCCCACAACAGUCUCCGGAGGCUGCCUGACCGUCUGCUGGCCGGAGUGAGGGGGAACUUGACCAAGUUGGUGCUGGCUGACAAUCUGCUCGGAGACAACCUGAACCCGAUAUUCUCGACGACGGAAUUCCAUAACCUGCCGGCUUUGGAAGAACUGGAUUUGAGCGGGAACAACAUAAGGGGGAUCGAGGAAGGCUUACUGAUAGGCUGCGAUGUACUCAAGAUAUUGCGCUUGGAUCGUAACAAUAUGAAUUUCGUUCCGUCUUCCUCACUCAAUGGGCCCCAAUCAUUAAAAGUUAUUUCUCUGAGGGAAAACAGAAUAGGUUUAAUCAGGCAAGCGACGUUCGUCUCUCAGAAGACAUUAGAGGAGAUCGAUUUACACGGAAACAUGAUAUCCGCUAUCGAGGGCGGGGCCUUCGUCAGCCUCGGUGACCUUCAGAGCCUCGACCUGGGCAGGAACAGGCUCUCCAAGUUCAACAGUGACGUGUUCCAGGGGAUCGAAAACUUGGAGAAAUUGGACCUCUCGCAAAACUUUAUAACGGACUUCCCGACGGUCGCACUUAAAUCUUUCUCGUCUCUCAAACAUUUGAAUUUAUCGAGCAAUAUGAUCACGAACAUCGACCACAGCCACCUGAACUCCCUGACGGCGAUGGAAGUGUUGGAUCUGAGCAGAAAUAAUUUAGUGAAGCUCUCCCCCGGGACCUUCGUGGGUCUAACCGAGUUGAGAUACUUGGACGUCGGAGUCAAUUCCCUCCGCACGGUGGAGGACGAUGCAUUCGACGGAUUAACGAGCUUGCAGACGCUGUUGUUGCGGGACAACAAUAUACUGCUGAUCCCCGCCACCGCCUUAUCGCGCCUGCCGAGCCUCACCUCCAUUCAUUUAGGUUUCAAUAGAGUCACGGCGCUAUCGAGUGACAUACUUCAUGCCGUAUCCGACAGAAUCAAUUCUUUAGUGCUCUCCCGAAACGUUAUCAGAGAAUUGCCGCCCGCCGCCUUCGAACACUUUAAGAACUUACGCCACUUAGACUUAUCGGGAAAUCUAUUGAACUCGAUUUCGGCGGAAGUGUUCAGCGGUUUGGAAACGACUUUAGAGUUUUUGUCUUUGAACCAAAAUAGAGUCCUCGGUUUCACCGGACAACAAUUGAAGUUUGUGAAUCUUUGGUUCCUCGACGUAUCCGGAAAUCAAAUCUCGGAAAUUCCCGUCGACGCCUUCCAGAUGGUGCCCAGUUUGACGCAUUUGAAUCUUAGCCAUAACUUGCACAUAAAUGUCCUGCCGCAAAAUGUCUUCAGUCAGAACGACGCCUUACAAGUGGUGGAUAUUAGUGAUGUCGGAUUGAAAGCCCUGCCCGUAAAUUUAUUCUCGAAGAAUCAUAAUCUUCAGCAAAUAUAUUUGUCUAACAAUUAUCUCCAGGAGAUCACCGAGGGAACGUUUAAAAAUUUAAAGAACUUAACUCAUUUGGAUCUAUCUUAUAACAACAUUGUAACAAUAAGAACCCCGGCCUUCGUAAACGUAAUGUCGAUUCAAUAUUUAUCAUUAAAAGGUAAUCAGCUUAACGCUUUUAAGGGCGAAUUCUUUAACACCGGAACGAGCUUAGAGGUGAUAGACGUUUCAGACAAUCAACUGAGUUAUUUGUUUCCCUCCUCGUUUAAGAUACAUCCAAGGCUGCGCGAAAUUAUUCUCACUAAUAACAAGUUUAACUUUUUCCCGUCUGAGCUCAUAAGUACUCUACAAUACCUUGAAUUAGUGGAUUUGUCUGGGAACGCUUUGAAGAACGUUGAUGAAUUAGAUUUCGCUCGCUUGCCUAAACUAAGAACAGUGUUAUUGGCGCGUAACGAAAUAGACUCGAUAAGUGAAAUGGCGUUCCACAACUCCUCCCAAAUUCAGCACUUAGAUUUUUCGUAUAAUAAAAUAGACCGCUUGGGAGAUAGAUUAUUUGAAGGUCUGAUAAGACUGGAAGUUCUUAAUCUCGCUGGCAACCUUCUGACCGAGCUACCCGAUAACAUAUUUGACAGGUCCAGGCUGAACAUGUUAGAGUCCAUAAUUUUGAGUCACAAUUUAUUCGAACAAGCUCCCUUGAAAGCACUGCAGAAGCAAUAUUUCUUUGUUUCUUCUGUCGAUUUGUCAAACAAUGAAAUAGUAGAUAUACCAGCUGAGGACAGCGUAAUGGUCAAUAUCAAAAAGCUAGAUUUGUCUUAUAAUCCAUUGUCUGAAAAAACUAUAAACAAUGUGCUUACAGAACCAAAAACUGUUAGAGAUUUAAAUCUUGCCGGAACAGGCAUAAAACAAGUUGGCCAGCUCGAAACUCCAUUCUUAUACAGACUUAAUUUAUCCCAUAAUAAUAUAACUAAACUCUCCGAAAAAACAUUUACACGGACAACUUUACUAGAAUCAUUAGAUUUGUCAUAUAACCAAAUCAAUGAAAUCGCCAAUUCGUUAGCUAUAUCGUGGCCAAAACUUAAAAAUCUUCAGAAAUUAAAUAUAUCCUUCAAUCCAAUUGUAGUGGUCAUUGAUGGCAAUUUCGAAGGUUUAUCAUCACUUCGAGUAUUGGAUAUAAGUAAUUUGGAAAGAUGCACAAAAAUAGAAAAGAACUCAUUUAGAGUGUUGACAAAUCUGGUGGAACUUAGAGCUUAUGGUUACCCAAGACUUGGCUACUUCGACAUUCAAGGUGCUCUAGAAUACUUGGUGGCGCUUGAAAAACUAGAUGUUGAGAUAAAGGAUACGAAUAUAGGCAGUGAUCAAUUGCAUUCUAUUUUACAUCCACGACUUGAGGAAUUAGGCCUCAGGGGUAGCAGACUAAAAACAGUGUCAUCUGGUGUCCUGGCUGGAUUAAAAGCACCAGAAAUUACGCUACGUCUACGAAACACCUCAAUAACAAAUCUGCCUCCUGCGAUUCUAUUCCCCUUACCGAGGUCAUCUCAGAUAACGAUCGACAUCGGCGGAAGUCAGCUAACUACAUUACAACCUCAACUUUUAGUGGCUCUAGAUGAUCGUCGUGCUGACUUGUCCAUGUUCGGCCUAGACACCAAUCCUAUUCGGUGCGAUUGUAACGCUAGAGCUCUGCGGCGUUGGAUACCGAACGUCGGCAUCGAAAACGUCCGGUGUCAUUCCCCAGAUCAUUUAUCGGGCUUUCUACUCAUUGAAAUUGGGGACGACGAGCUAUCUUGUGACCAAAGAAAAAAGACUACGAUUUCGUCAUCCUCGAGUAGUGCCGCUACGACCUCUUCACCGAGGAUAGUUCAACGUACUUCAGCGGAACCUGACAUCAUCUGGUCGGUCGCUCCUUCGCACGAGAGGCCGAAAAAUUCCGGGGAACCGAAGGGUGCCCCCGUUCUCGGCGUAGCCACUACGACUAACGACGACAACCUCAUCAUCGGUAUCGUAGGUGGAGUAGUCGCGUUCAUUGCAAUCCUCAUUGUUGCUAUUUGCAUCGUUCGAUUAAGAAUGACGACGACAUCUUACAGAGGUGGUCCAUUAGCGAACAGUCCCGGUGCGGGUGCCGGUCCCAUGUGGAACGGACCUUGGCCGGGGUACGCAGCCACGUUACCCCCGCCAUCCCUGUCCACCGCCACCUUGCCGCAUAAACUGCAGUCCGGGCCCGGAUCUGUGAGAUACUUGGCCCAACCUCCCCCCGCCCCGUACUUCAUAAGUAUGCCAUCGCACGACGAUAAGAUUUAUCGAUAGGACUACGUUUAAAUUUGGAUAGUGUAAUGUAGGUAGUUUAAAUAAAGUGUAAAUAUAUUGCCGCGUAGUAAUUAUUUCUGAAUUAUGAAGCUUGUAAUUUGUGCUUAAUUAAUUGUUUGGCAAGUGUAGCAUAUUGCUCGUUACAUCAAUGAUUAAUAAUAUUCUGCUCUUAUUGUAAGAAACAUUUGGCUAGGUUCCAAUUAUCUAGUCACCAGUGACAAUUUAAAACAUACUAUAGAUAAUCUCAUAGACUUUUAUGGGGC